AUGGCAGAUAAAUUGAUUUGGAGUCCUGAAAAGAAAGGCUUUUAUUCAGUGAAAACAUCUUAUUGGAUUGCUAGAGCCUCUGUUCUUGAAAAUGUUCUAGUAUCUACCUCUCAUGGCAAUCCAUUCCAAGAACUUUGGGGGAACAUUUGGAAAGCACAAGUUCCUGAGAAAGUUAAAAUCUGCAUUUGGAGAGCUUGUAGUAGUUUGCUGCCUACUAGAGCAAAACUUCAAUCCAAGGGCUAUACCGGGGACCGCAACUGCCUCCUAUGUACACACAAGUAUGAGGACACUUCUCAUGUCUUCUGCCAAUGCCCUAUUGCCACUUCAGUCCUCGCAGCACCUCCAUUCAGUCUUGGCAGAAGCUUGUUUGAUUUUCGGGAAUGGAUGUUGGAUCAUGCAUUAAACCUCAAGCAAGAUGAAUUCUGCAAAGCUAGAAAUGUGGAGAAGACAAAUGUGGCUCGCACUAAACCAUCAUGGCAACCUCCAGCUGAGGGCAGUUGGAAGCUAAAUGUGGAUGGCAGCUUCUUACCAAGCAUUCCAAAAGGUGGAGUUGGAGGCGUCCUCAGAGACAACACAGGUAGAUUUCAUGUAGCUUUUGCAAUCCCUGUGAGCUCUGUAGCUUCUGCAAAACACACAGAACUCCUAGCUAUCAAGGAGGGACUGGCACUACUCCAAACCUUACAGACUGGUAAAGUAGUCAUCGAAUCUGACUGUCUUGAAGCAGUUAAGAAUAUAGCAAAUGUGCAUGAUACACAUAUUGUUGAAGCAGCUCUUAUUGAUGAUGUUCGAGUGGCCCUAUGUGCUUUAACUAGUGUCACAGUGCAGCAUGCUCCUAGAGCUUGUAAUAGAGUAGCCCACCGCCUAGCUAGUAUGGCAUAUGAAGCUAGGACUAAAUCAGUCUGGUACAAUCAAGCACCAGAAGAUAUUCUGGAUGUUCUGAAUUAUGAUUGUAAUCAAUCUUGA